CAGAGACAUAUACACUCUUUCACGCACGCUAUCUCUUUAGAAGGUUUAAUAUAGGUUCAUUCUUUGUGAUACGUAACUUUGGGACGUAAUCACUGCAGUCUUGGAGGUUUUGUUGGUCGUGAAACGUUCGACGACUUUAAAUGGCACAGCGCCGAAAAGUUCCUGAAGGUGAACUCUGUGCGGUAUGUUCAGAUCUCGCAACAGGUUAUCACUACGGUGUGGCAAGCUGCAAUGGAUGCAAAACAUUCUUUCGUCGUACCAUUGUAUCAGAGCAUACGUUUGUUUGCCAAUACCAGGGUAACUGUGAUGUCAACAAAAACAUUCGCUGUGCCUGUCGACAUUGCCGCUUCAACAAAUGCGUUGCUGUAGGAAUGGAUGCCAAAGCGAUCCAGAAUGAUCGCGACCGUAUCGGGCCAACCAAGAAAAUGAAAAUGAGUAACCAAAAUUCUGAAGAUGAUUGUGCAAUUCAUAUUCGUUCAGCAGAAGAAAGGCUGAUAGAACGUUUGUUGGCGAUUGAAAAACUGUGCAUGAGGUUACGGCAAUGUGUGCUUCCUGAAAUCAGUGGACUUAAAGAAGCCGUUUGUGAACCCUCACUUGUUAACGAAGUGAAUAACCUCAAAAUAGAUCCAUAUACAAACGCGAAGGAAUUGUACAUUGCAACACUAAAAGACAUACAAAUGUGGAAUAAACGAGAAAUGCGAGUGGGUCUAGAAUGGGCAAAAACCUUUGAUUUAUUCAGUCAGCUGUCUUUGGAUGAUCGAAUUGCACUGAUAAAGAAUUUUGGAUUUACUUUCAAUCUUUUAAAUCGAAAUUAUUAUGCACCUGACCACGGUGUGGAUAAAUUGGUAUUGCCUAAUGGUGCCUACAUUCGACGUCAAGUUCAAAAUGAAGUAAAGUUGCCUGGUUGUAGGUCAAUUUACCACCGACAGAUGGAUGAGAUUAUGAUUCCAUUCAGACAGUUGAAAAUCACCAUGCCCGAAUUCGCGCUGUUCAAAGCUAGCGUCUUCUUUAACCCGGAUGCAAUUAACCUUUCGCCUAUAGCAAAAUCCCAAAUUUAUGCCGAAAGAUCAAAGUAUUUGUCAGCACUGUUUUAUUUGAUAACUUCGAAAUGUGGAAUAACUAUGGGUGCACAAAAGUACGGCAGUUUGCUUAUGAUGGCCUCUUCAGUACAGAACAUAAUUGCUCAAAACGAGGAAAAUAUGCAGGUUAUGGAUUUCUUUGAAGAGAACUGGAAAAUGGAUAAUUUUGUUAAAGAGGUAUGUUUGAAAGAUCCAUGAAUUACCGAUAUUGAGAAGAUUGAGAUGUGUGUACAUUUAUACCUGUUUAUUCGAGUUUUUGGCGGUGUAUUUCUGUCUAAUUUCUAUUUUUUUUUUAACGUGUUAUUAUAUUUGUUGAUUUUACACACCGAUUUUCAAAUGUUUAUAUAUUAAUAUUUGUUCAAUAAAUGACCUGCCCGUUAAUGCCAUAGAACUUCCUUUAGGAAGAUUGUACUUGUUUUUUUUUUUUUUGUCCUUUCAUUUAGAGCUACUAGAAUUAUGAUAGCCGUGCCAUACACAUUAUUCUCUCAUAAGUUUGGCAUAGAUAUGUACUUGUUUCUUGAAUGUGAUUGUUUGUUUUUUGUUGCUUACUAAAUUAUUUGAUUUUUUACGGUGAUAUGCUAAUAUGUGUAGGAAUUAAUCAGGAAUUUUCGGUGAAUUUCGUAUCUCUCUUUUUCCUUGCUUUCUUAGUCAUGCCUUGUACUGAGUGAAAUGCCAAGGAUGUAGAUUUUCGGAGAUCUCGUCAUCUGGUAAAUGGACAAAACUAAAAUGAUUUGUAAAUAUGAAAGCGUAAAAGAAAAUAAAUAUGGUAUAUGCCA